GCGGCGGCGGCCGCGAGCCGCGGGCCCGACUGGCAGGUGCUGCUGGGGCGCGCCGAGGCGCUGGCCCGCGGCGGGCGGCUGCACGACGCCUUCCAGCUCUACCAGCUGGCGUCCCGCCACCGGCAGCUGCGCGCCGAGCAGCUGGGCCGCCUCGUGGAGUGCCUGGCGCAGGGCGUCCGCAGCAGAGAGGGGCUGCCCGGGGCGCCGCCGCCCCGCGACUGGGACGUGUUCAGGUGCCGCAAGUGCCAGGGCUUCCUCUUCGAGCCCGUGUCGCUGCCGUGCGGACACACCUUCUGCAAAAAGUGCCUGGAGAGGGGCCGGGCGGCCGAGCCCCGCUGCGUGCUGUGCCGCGAGGAGGGCGGCGCGGCGGCCGGGCAGCUCCUGCGGGUCAACGUCAUCCUGAGCAGCCUGCUGGCCAAGUGGUUCCCCGGGCAGGUGAAGGCGUCGCGGCUCCGCCACGAGGGCAACGCGCUCUACAAGGAGAGGAAGCUGCAGGCUGCGCUGCAGAAGUACAACGAGGCGCUCAGCCUGGCUCCAAAUGACCACUUACUCUACAGCAACCGGUCCCAGAUUAACUCUACUUUGAAAGCUUGUGAAGAUGCACUGCACGAUGCAGAAACAGCAUGCAGGCUGCAGCCGUACUGGCUGAAAGGACACUUAAGGAAAGGACAAGCGUUAGCUAAUCUGGGGAAAACAGAAGAAGCAUUAAGAGAGUUUCUGUUCUGCCUUGCUCUAGAUACUGGGAACAAGACAGCCAAAUCUGAGGCUCAAAAGCUUCUACUUAGUUUGUUUUCACUCAUCCCGGGAAAUGCUCAGGAACACUUACCUGAUAUCCUGCAGCUGUUGUCRCAUCACUCUAGAUUAAAGGGGAAUCUCCUGAAUUCAGUGGGAUCUGGAGGCACCAGCCAUAGCCUACAAAGGUUGCUCAAGAUAAGUGUAGAACAGAAAAAGAAUUUUCCCGCUCAAGAGGAACAAAAUGUAACAACAUCUGGCAUUUUGAGGAAAUCUGUACAAAUUACAGAGAGUAAAAGGGACUGCUCAGGGGAGAACAAACUCGACUCCGUAUCAGAGUCUGCCUUUCUCAUUUCGGAGAAGUGCAACCUUCUGAAAAGAAAGUGUUGCUCUGAGGAGAUGAGAGGUGCUGAGGUACCCUGCAAGCUCAUGAAGAAAGAUACAGUUGAUAUCAAGGGAAGUAGUGCUGCACACCAUAUUCCAUUUGAAUUUGUGGAUCCAUCAGAUCUGGACUGCUCCCUGUGCAUGAGGCUCUUCUAUGAACCCGUCACUACGCCUUGUGGGCACACGUUCUGUCUCAAAUGCCUUGAGAGAUGCCUGGAUCACAACCCAAAAUGCCCCUUGUGCAAAGAAGGUCUCUCAGAGUGCUUGGCUAUGAGGAAGUACUGUAAAACRGUACUAAUGGAGGAGCUGAUAGCUAAAUAUCUUCCAGAGGAACUCACUGAAAGAAGAAAGAUUUAUGAAGAAGAAAUAGCAGAGCUUUCCAACCUAAAUAAGAAUGUUCCUAUAUUUGUCUGCACAAUGGCUUAUCCUACAGUCCCGUGCCCUUUGCACAUCUUCGAGCCGUGUUAUCGACUGAUGAUUCGCCGGUGCAUGGAGACUGGCACCAAACAGUUUGGGAUGUGCAUCAGUGAUCCUGUCAAGGGGUUUGCAGACUAUGGCUGCAUUCUGGAGAUAAGAAAUGUUGAAUUCUUUGCUGAUGGUCGCUCUGUUGUAGACAGCAUUGGCAAGAGGAGAUUUAAGGUGAUACAGCACAGCCAGCGUGAUGGCUAUAAUACAGCAGAUAUUGAGUACAUUGAGGAUCAAAAGGUGCAAGGACAGGACUAUGCUGCAUUACUUGUUCUCCACGAUUCAGUCUACGACCAGGCGUACAUGUGGUUCAACUCGCUCAAGCAGGCACUCAAAAGUCGAAUUCUCAGUCACUUUGGUCCAAUGCCAGCUAAGGAUCCUGACCCACAGGCUAACCCUAAUGGGCCAGCAUGGUGCUGGUGGGUCCUAGCUGUGCUUCCACUUGAGAACAGAGCUCAGCUCCCUUUCCUUGCCAUGAAAUCCCUCAAAGACCGCUUGAAUGGCAUCAGACGUGUCCUUACGUUCAUGUCUCGUACAAGAUCACGGUGAUGGUGAGGAGGAGAACUGUGAAGUCUCCCACAGUACUUGACUGUAGAGUGUCUCUUGUGACUUCAUCUAACUGCAAUAAUGUCUUACAGCUCUGAGUGUCAGGAUGUUUCAAGCCUGAAUUUCAAAGAAAAUAAGUUAUAAAGCUCAAAGGAUAUUUGUGGAUGUUUCAAAAAAAUUCCUUUUGGAACUCUCUCUGAGAAGGUUAUUCAAUCACUGCACUGCUAAAUUAAUAACAAAUGUGAUAGAACAAAAAGUGAUCUUGUUUGCCAUAAACCUUUUAAAAAGCUUAAGAGGUUUUUUAAUUUAUUUUAUUUUUAUUUUUUGUAGUGGAUAAAGGAAAUUGUGCAGUUUAACGUGAAGCAGAAAUAACAAUGUUAAUGCAUUAUUUCAGUGAACUGCAAAGUCUUUUAUUCCAAAUGGUUCAGGUUUUAUAUA